AACUUGUCCGUCUAGGAACAUGAACCGAUAUUAAAUAGCUUUUUAAACAAUAUACAAAUGAAUACAAUAUAAAUUACAUUUAAAACAGUGUAUAUUUGUAUAGUAAUUGUAUUCGACAUAUACAUAUGUAUACAUAUUUUAAACAGAUUUCAAAAUUAUCUUUUCUAAUCGUUUUUACUCAGGUAUCCCGGGGACAUUUGGAAAUAGCACACUACGUUUGUGUCUAGUUUUUUUUUUAGGCUAUGGUGGAGGGAGCAGUGACUGUAGCUGUGUUCGAUGUAAACAUAGCUGGCAACUCGACGGCGAAUGGCAUGUCAUAUUUACAAGAUGAGAUGCAGCCUGACACAGAUGCCAUGGCCCCUCUCAACCUGGGUGACUUGGACUUGACCACAGACGAGUUCAUCUUGGAUGAAGUGGAUAUUCACAUACAAGCUAAUCUGGAAGAUGACUUGGUGAAGGAGGCACUGAAAACGGAGUUGACCUCAGGCAUUACUCUAAACAGGUGGAGGGUGAAUUCCAACGAAUUGAACAAGCUUCCAUCAAAGACUAUAUCAAGGAGAGCCAGAACAUUGCCUCUCUGCACAACCAGAUCACAGCCUGUGACUCCAUACUGGAGGGUAAUCGUGGAUAGCCCGGUUACGGAGCAGGAGUUCCUUGAGCAGCUCCAUGAACUCAACAACAAGAUCAAUUUUGCCAAAGAGCUCAGCUUCAGGGAGACUUUGGCCUGCUCUGACAUCCAGGACAUCGUGGACCGCCUGAAAAUCAAGGCUGUCACAAAGAUCAGAGAAUUUAUCCUGCAGAAGAUUUAUUCCUUCAGAAAGCCCAUGACCAACUAUCAAAUCCCCCAGAACACUCUCCUUAAGUACAGGUUUUUCUAUCAGUUCCUCUUGGCAAACGAAAGCACAGUAGCUAAGGAGAUCAGGGAUGUGUACGUGGACACCAUGAGUAAGAUCUACUACAGCUACUUCAAGUCCUACAGCGGCAGGCUGCUCAAAGUACAGUAUGAGGAGGUGGCAGACAAAGAUGACCUGAUGGGAGUGGAAGACACGGCCAAGAAAGGUUUCUUCUCCAAGCCCUCCCUGAAGAGCAGGAACACCAUCUUCACCCUGGGCCAGCGAGAGGCCGUGCUGAGCCCUGCCGAGCUGGAGGGGCCCAUCCUCAUCCCCCACACUGCCCAGAGAGGAGACUGCAGGUAUCCCUAUGAGACGCUGUUCCGCAGUCAGCACUACGCCCUCUUGGACAACGGCUGUCGAGAGUUCCUCUUCCUGUUUGACUUCUUCAUGGUGGCUGGAAACUCUGCGCUGGAUCUCUUCAACAGCAUCAUGGGAAAGACACUCAGCUUGUUCCUGAAGAGCAUGUCCACCUAUGUAUCGGAUUGCUACGAUAGCAUUGCUGUGUUUCUGUGUAUCCACAUCAUCCUGCGUUUCAGAGCCAUCACAACCAAGAGGGCCAUCCCAGCCCUGGACAAGUACUGGGAGGCGGUUCUGGAGCUGCUGUGGCCCAGGUUUGAGCUCAUCCUGGAGAUAAACAUUCAGAGCAUCUGCAACACGGACCCCCAGAACCUGGGCGUGUUGGACACCAGACCACACUAUAUCACACGUAGAUACGCAGAGUUCUCUUCUGCCAUCGUUAGCAUUAACCAGACAUUCACCAGCGAGCGAACCAACACCCUCCUUGGCCAACUGCAGGUUGAAGUGGAGAACUUUGUCCUGAAGAUGGCUGCAGAGUUCCCUUCACGCAGGGACCAGCUCAUCUUCCUCAUCAACAACUACGACAUGAUGCUCAAUGUACUCAUGGAGAGGGCAGCCGAUGACAGUAAAGAGGUUGAGGGCUUCCAGCAGCUCCUCCAGGCCAGGAGCCAGGAGUUUAUUGAGGAGAUUCUGUCCUCCCCCUUUGGUGGCAUGAUAGCGUUUGUGAAGGCGAGCGAGGCGUUGAUAGAGAAAGGCCAGCUGGAUAGACUAAAGAAGGAUGAAGCUACUGUUUGGUUUUCCAGCACAUGGAAACAGGCUGUGGAAGCUCUGAGUCAGGAUGUCAUGAGAUCCUUCACCAACUUCAAGAACGGCACUGGUAUCAUUCAGGGGGCGCUCACUCAGCUCAUCCAGUACUACCAUGGCUUCCACAAGGUGCUGUCCCAGCCCACCUUCCGCAGCCUGGCCGUGCGCUCGGAGCUCAUCAACCUACACCACCUCAUGGUCGAGGUCAAGAAACACAAGCCCAACUUCUAACUGGACACUUCCAAGGGUAGAGACUGAGGAAUGAUGGGGAUGUGAUGGAUUAAAUGAAGAUGCUCAAAAUCAGACAUGGCCUGAUUGGAAACAAGUAGAAGAGUAUAUCCCUUUGCUUGUGACAUCGCUCCACUGAUUAAGGACAGUGUAUUGCACGUGGGAUCCUGUCGUUUGUGAUUUGACAUUGUAUCAAUGUAUUUAUGCCAGCAGCAUACCACCCUGCAUACCACUGCUGGCUUGCUUCUGAAGCUAAGCAGGGUUGGUCCUGGUCAGUCCCUGGAUGGGAGACCAGAUGCUGCUGGAAGUGGUAUUGGAGGGCCAGUAGGAGGCACUCUUUCCUCUGGUCUAAUAAAAUAUCCCAAUGCCCCAGGGCAGUGAUUGGGGACACUGCCCUGUGUGUAGGGUGCCGUCUUUCGGAUGGGACGUUAAACGGGUGUCCUGACUCUCUGAGGUCAUUAAAGAUCCCAUGGCACUUAUCGUAAGAGUAGGGGUGUUAACCCCGGUGUCCUGGCUAAAUUCUCAAUCUGGCCCUCAAACCAUCAUGGUCACCUAAUAAUCCCCAGUUUACAAUUGGCUCAUUCAUCCCCCUCCUCUCCCCUGUAACUAUUCCCCAGGUCGUUGCUGCAAAUGAGAACGUGUUCUCAGUCAACUUACCUGGUAAAAUAACGGUAAAAUAAAAAUAAAAAAAUAGGUAAGGUCUUGUGUGAAAGUGCUACCUUUUUUUUCAUGGGUGCUGGGUUCUUUGCUUUCGGGGAGGGGAUAGGGGAAGGUUCAGUGGUUAUAUGGAUUGACAGGAGAGAUCACAGAAAUCAAAGGCUGUAAGAAGAAAUAGAGUAGAUGGUCUAUUCCAGACAGGGCUAUACAACUCAGGCCCUCAAGUUGCUGGUUUUCAUUUCUCCCUAGCACAUAACUGAUCAAUUACUUUCCCAGAUAAAAUCCAGGUAGAAUCCAGUCUUUGGAUUCACAGUCAUACCCACAGUCUAUUAUGAUUGUGAGAGGGAGGAGCAAGAGGUAGGAGGUAUCAUUGAAGUUCAGUGUGAAAAGGAAAAGAGUGGUAUCUCCCAGGCCCUUGUUCUGUGUUCUCACACAUGUACACUGAACAAAAAUAUAAACGUUACAUGUAAAGUGUUGGUCCCAAGUUUCAUCAAGCUGAAAUAAAAAGAUCCAUACAUUUUC